AGUUGCAGAGGUCGUUACUGUUGCUCUUGAACGCAGCUCGUGACAUUUGAUUAAAUAACUGAUUUUCAGACAGAGGAGAAACUGCACGGAGCUGAAGACAAGGGCAUAGACGGAGCCAGAGAGCGAGAACAGACUUCAAAAACUAGCAGCCAGAAUGACGAGUCUCCAGCUGACUGCGAAGGAGGACAUGUUGGAGAGGUUUCUGGAUGCUUCAGCCAGAGGAGACCUGGCCCAGGUGUCCACGCUGCUGUCCCACGUCCCCUCGCUCAUCAACCAGACGGGAUACAGUGGCUGGACGGGGCUGAUGCUCGCCGCUCGCAACGGACACCACAAUGUGGUGGAGGCGCUGCUGUCGCAUGGCUGCGACAAGUUCUCAGUGAACAGCUUAUUCCAGACUGCGUACGAUAUCGCCAAGUUCUGGGGCCACAGACACAUCUCCAACCUGCUGGGCCGGACGGACGACGGCAGCCGGAGAGUCCUGCCGGGCUCCGACACCCACCUGCAGGAGAACUACUUCAGCAGAGAGACGCUGGACCGGCUCAGUGCCAAGAGGACGGACGCGGUCUGGUUGGAGAAUAAGCAGAGUGACCCAGACACAGUCUUCCUCCUGUUCUCCAACCUCAGCCCCAUGGUCUGCAGCUCCCAGGAGGACGACAACGCAGGGGGUGAGACCAAGCUGUGUCGGUUCAGAUAUGAGGCGGUCAAAGACCUUCUCCAGAAACCUGCGACUGUGCUCAUCUUCAUCGGAGUGGAGAAGAGGAAAACACUCUCCUCCUCCUCCUCUCAGACAGUGGAUGGUGUCCCAGAGCCUCCUGCUUGGUUUGCCAUCAACACAGAUGAAGUCGCUGCCGAACUUCUUAAACGCUGCAGAGAAAGGAACUGCUCCUUCCCAAAGACACCCAACAGAGACCUGCUGAAGCUCAGCGAGGAAGAGGCCGGAGUUGUGGCUCAGGCUCGGUCGGUGUUGGCCUGGCACAGCCGCUACAGCUUCUGCCCGACGUGUGGCAGCGGCACCAAGCUGGAGGAGGGAGGAUACAAGAGGAGCUGCCUUAACCUUGACUGCAGGAGUCUGAAGGGGGUUCACAACACGUGCUAUCCACGAGUCGACCCCGUGGUCAUCAUGCUGGUGAUCCACCCUGAUGGGAACCAGUGUUUACUGGGAAGGAAGAAGAUCUUUCCGGUUGGCAUGUUCUCCUGUCUGGCUGGAUUCGUAGAGCCUGGGGAGGCGAUGGAGGAGGCGGUGAGGAGGGAGGUGGAGGAAGAGAGUGGCGUGAAGGUGGGACCGGUUCAGUACGUCUCCUGCCAGCCCUGGCCGAUGCCCUCUAACCUCAUGAUUGGCUGCCUCGCUGUCGCUAUAUCAACUGACAUCAAAGUAGACGAGAAUGAGAUUGAGGAAGCUCGGUGGUUCCCACGACAACAGGUGAUCGACUCAUUCAGAGGAGCCAAUCCGGCCUUGACCAUCCCUCCCAGACAGACCAUCGCCCACCAGCUGAUCAGACACUGGAUCGGCAUAAACUCUAACCUCUAACCUUUAGCCCUCUAGAUGGGUCUA